AUGGCUGGAUCUUCUUCACAGAGCGACAACCAUACUUACGGGACCUAUAUCCACACUUUUCCAUCUUCACUCCUCAUGGAAGGAAACGGCAUGCAGGCUCUCGACAACGCCUUGGCCGUGAUCUAUCCAAAUGGGGCAUCAGCUGUUAAUGAUGGCGCCGCAGUUACCGUAAUCGUUACCAACGCUGCUUCAUCAGAGCCAGAGAAUCUAAAGGAGCUUCUCCAAGAUAAUGGCACACUUAAGAAGGAUUGA